AUGACAGCUAUACCUUUGCCCAUUGCUACUCCGGCGCUUCUCGCAUCGCUACGAAACCAACCUCACGUUCCGAAGCAUGCGUGGUAUUUCAUUGCUGCCACGACCUUGACCAUACUGAAUCGACCAGAUGAGAUACCACAUAUCUACAACCAUGUCAUGAGGCACGGCCUUGGGCCUGAUGAUGUGAUGCCAGGCCCAGAGGAACAACUCACGAUCUUGAGAAAGCUUCGCGAAGCACUCGUCAAAGCCUCCGCCGUUGGAGGUCUGCCCAAGACCAUCAACUCUCUAAUGGAGCUGAAGAAAGUGACGCCGGAGCACUUACUGGAUGAGCCGCAAGGUGAAAAUAGUGCGGUUUCUUCGUCGCCAACUGCAAGGAACAUGGACGUACACCACACGCCCUCUUCCAAGAUCUUGCAGCGCGGGCAGGGCUUCUGGGAUAACAUCUACGGCAAAAUAUCGAGGCGUGUUAUGGGUCAGAUGGAUCGGUCGGGCACGGAAGACCUCGGAUUGACCGCCCGGCUGAUGUAUGGGUACAUCCUGAGCAAUACCAAUGUUCUAUCUCCGGUGGAGACGUCGUACGUUCUUAUUGCUGGGCUGAUACCGCAGGAUGUGAACCCUCAGCUCAAGGGUCAUCUCAGAGGUGCCCUCAACUGUGGCGCAUCUGUCGAGGAGGUGAGGGCCGUGAGAGCCAUUGUCAUGGACAUAUGCAAAGCUUCAGGCAUGAGCCAACUCGGCGAGGGGAUGACUGGUGGAUGGGGCUGGCGCAGCGACGUUGCAACUGUAUGA